AAAUGGAACAACUGCACGUCCAUCUGGUAAUAGCUCGCAAACUUCAAUGCGACCUAAUCAAACGACAGCAAGACCACAAACAAAUGGAACAACUGCACGUCCAUCUGGUAAUAGCUCGCAAACUUCAAUGCGACCUAAUCAAACGACACCAAGAUCACCAACAAUCGGUCCUCAAACGUCAAUGAUGAGAAGUGUCGGUACAGCAGAAUCAUUCGGUACCACUUCUGAUACCUGGCCGAUAAAAGGUGAAUAA